CACGAUCCAGAGAGAAAAUUGGUCUCGUUUUCAUAUAUAUUGACAACGACUAGCCACCUAUUUGUUGUGCACUUGUGCUAUUACAGGAUUGUUGUGCGAGUUGCAAACCAAACACGAACAGAGAGGAUUCAGAAGGGACCGCACAAGCAAUCCAUAAUCCUGCAUCAUGUCCAGGCUUCAGCAUCUCCUCAAGUUGAUGUGUUCAGUACUGAUCUUCGCUGAGCUGAUACGAGGGAACAAAGAUGACAUGGAGCUGCUCAUCGAGCUCAAGAAAUUCCUGCAAGCACACAACCAAAUAAACCGAGGCGCCUAUGAUGGAUGGUUGGAGUCAGAGGCCUCGCCAUGCAACUGGCAAGGAGUUGGAUGCGAUGCCGACCGCCAUGUGAGUUCCCUUGACCUCUCUAGCUCGAGGAUAUCAGGACCCAUCUUUGGAAAUUUCUCCAGUUUCACUCGACUCAAUCGUCUAGACCUCUCCGCAAACAGCAUCACUGGUGAGCUCCCAGAUGACCUCAACAGAUGCUUGGGACUGAAGCACCUCAACCUCUCAAAUAACCUCAUAGGUGGAGUCCUUAACAUUUGCAGCCUGACAAAUCUGAAAACAUUAGAUGUCUCACAGAAUCGGUUCGAGGGGAGAAUUAGCAUGAGUUUCCCUGCAACCUGUGGCAAACUCACCACCCUCAACAUCUCCAGCAACAACCUCAGAGGGAGCAUCACUGUCCUCUUUAACAACUGCUCGAGUCUUAAAUACGUGGACCUCAGCUUGAAUCGCUUUUCUGGCCCGGUCUCUCAGGGCAUGGCCGGCCUUGUCCAGUUCAAUGCUGCCGAGAAUGACUUGACCGGAAACAUUUCUCUCAACAUGUUUCCAGAAGGAUGCAAACUACAGUUUCUGGACAUCUCCGGCAACCAUUUGUUUGGCAACUUGCCGAAUUCCAUAGCAAAUUGUUCCGGCUUGACAUACCUGUCAAUAUGGGGGAACAGUUUUGAUGGGAAGAUACCACCAGGAAUUGGAACGAUUCCUGGGCUUGAAAAACUGAUCCUUGGGAGCAACAACUUUUCCCGUGAGAUGCCACAUGAGCUAAUGAACUGCACUGCACUAAAGUAUUUGGACAUUAGUGGCAACAAUUUUGGUGGUGAGGUGCAAGGACUCUUCGGGAAGUUAAGGAGUUUGACGAACCUGAAGCUUCACUCAAACAAGUACACCCAUGGAAUUGUGUCCUCUGGCAUUCUUAGGCUGCCUAAGUUGACCAUGCUUGACCUCAGCCUCAACUGGUUCACUGGUGAGUUACCUACCGAGGUGUCAAGCAUGACAAGCAUCAAAUACCUCGUGCUUGCACACAAUAACUUCUAUGGGCAGAUCCCCCCAGUGUAUGGACAGCUUGUUCAACUCCAAGUAUUGGAUUUAUCAUACAAUAAUCUCUCCGGUGGUGUCCCUGCAGAUAUUGGCAACCUCUCCUCACUUCUCGUGUUGAUGCUUGCUGGAAACCAACUUUCUGGAGAGAUCCCAAAGGAAAUAGGGAACUGUACCAGCUUGCUAUGGCUCAACCUUGCUGGAAACAAGCUAUCCGGUCAGAUUCCCCCAGAAAUAUCAGGUAUUGGGAGUAACCCUACUCCAACGUUUGUUAGGAAUCAGAAGGAUGCGGUGCAACUAGAGAUUGGCACCAAAAAAUGUCUGUCUCUGAUGCGGUGGAUCCCCCUUGGUUACCCAGGGUUCAACUAUGUUGAGUCAGAGAUGUCUUUGAAGGACUGCCGGGACCUAGAGGACCGAAUCUUAAAGGGGUAUGGUAUUGUUAAACCACCUUCGCUUCAACCAUGUAUCAUUUUGGGUUAUGUUAGGUUCUCAAGGAAUCUAUUGUCAGGGCAUAUACCUCCCAUGGUUUCUGCAAUGAGAAACUUCCACUUGCUCCUCCUUGAUGAUAACUUGCUCUCUGGUGUCCUACCAUCAGAGAUUUGUCAAAUGCCGCUUGUUGCUCUUAAUGUCUCUAGGAACGUAUUUUCUGGUGCGAUUCCUUCUGAGAUUGGUAGGAUGAUACUCCUUGAGAUCCUUGACUUGUCUUUUAACAACUUCUCUAAUGGACUUCCACCAAGUCUUAACCAGCUCUUUAAACUGAAUAAGUUUAAUGUUUCAUAUAAUCCACUUCUCUCUGGCAAUGUUUCAUCUACUGGCCAACUUUCUACAUUCGACGAGCAAUCCUUUCUUGGAGACCCUCUCCUGUCUUUCCGUUUCGCUGACUAUGGGCCUCAUUUGGAUUCAAAUGAGGAUGAGUUCUCUACCGAAGGUACAGAAGGUCAUCCUGCUAUAGAAGAGACAAUAAUGGUGUCAGUCAUUGCAUUUAUUGUGUUUUUCUUUGCCACAUUUGUUAUUAGAGAAUAUCACAACCUCAUGUAUGUGUACUUAUGCUAUAAAACACAGAUGUGUGAGUAUGAAGAUUUAUGGAGAUUUGUAACCCUUGAGCUUUGUAACCAUGUUAAAAAACUAGAGAAAUAGUGUCCCGGGCCAUGUGGUUCAGAUGUUGAAUUACCAAAUAUGAUGUCACAUACAGAACUAUAAUGUUACAUGUACAAAACUUCAAAUUUAUAUACAUUUCUCAUUUCUGUUCCA